CCGUGAAGCUCAAGUUACUUAUUAUUUAUAAACUCGGCUGAACUGAUUGCAGAGCAACUGGUUCAAGCCCCGGCCCAAUGUGACAAAAGUGAACAAAGUUCUGCUUGUGGGUGAGGUGUGGGGAUAUUUAGGUCAAAGGGCUGCACUCCUGCCGAUCCUGUCUGAGCUGUCAAUUCCCUGCCGGGGAUAGAAAAUAAACAGAAGCCUCCCAGCCCUACCCCUGUCUGCAGCAACUUUGAAGGGGAAAUAUCACUCAGGUCAGGGUGGAGCCAUGUUGGCCGCUGAUCCAAUGACAAUACUCCUCUCAGCCUUUAUUUGCCUUCUUCUGGGAUUUGUUUUGUUUGGCAAGAAAAGGAAUGUUUGUCAGAAUUUCCCUCCGGGUCCAAGAGCCCUUCCAGUUAUUGGCAAUUUACUCCUUAUGGAUAGGAGACAACCCUAUAAAACACUGAUGGAGGUAUCUAAGAAGUAUGGCCCUAUAUUCAGCGUUCGGGCAGGACCAUUGAAGAUGGUUGUCCUGUGCGGCUACGAUACAGUGAAAGAUGCACUUAUCAAUUACCCCGAUGAGUUUGCUGACCGGCCUGCCCUGCCUUUGUUUGACGAAGUAGUCAAAGGCCACGGUAUUUUCUUUUCCAAUGGCGAGAACUGGAAGGUGAUGAGACGCUUUGGUCUCUCGGCGCUAAGAGACUUUGGAAUGGGGAAGAAGACGAUAGAAAGCAAGAUCAAUGAAGAGUGUGAUCAUUUAGUGCAAAAGUUUAACUCCUACGGAGGAAAACCCUUUGACACCACUAUGAUAAUGAACGCAGCCGCAGCCAACAUUAUCGCUUCCAUUUUACUCAGUCAUCGAUUUCAAUAUGAAAAUCCAACGUUGCUGAGACUCCUGAAACUGGUGAACGAAAACAUACGGCUUAUGGCAAGCCCGAUAGCCUUGCUCUACAACACUUACCCCUCUAUAAUGCGUUGGGUACCCGGAUGCCACAAAACCAUUUAUAAGAACGCACAGGAGCUGAUGGAAUUUAUUAGAGUGACUUUUUCAAAACACAAAGCUGAGUUGGACAUAAAUGACCAGAGAAACCUCAUUGAUGCAUUCCUUUCCAGGCAACAGGAGGAAAAACCUCAUUCUGCUAAAUAUUUCCACGAUGACAAUCUGACAAUUCUCGUGUUUGAUUUGUUUGCUGCCGGCAUGGAGACAACUUCAACGACCCUGAGAUGGGCACUUCUGUUAAUGAUGAAAUAUCCAGAAAUCCAAAAGAAGGUCCAAGAUGAAAUUGAGAAAGUGAUUGGCUCAGUUGAGCCCAGAGCAGAGCACAGGAAAGAGAUGCCCUAUACUGAUGCUGUACUUCACGAAAUCCAGAGAUUUGGCAACAUCACUCCAAUGAAUGGCCCCCAUGCAACUACCAAGGAUAUCACUUUCAGGGGAUUUUUCCUACCCAAAGGUACCUAUGUAAUCCCAUUGCUGGCAUCUGUACUGAAAGAUGAGAAUUACUUUGAAAAACCAAAUGAAUUUUACCCGGAACAUUUCCUCGACUCAGAAGGACAUUUUGUGAAAAACGAGGCGUUCCUUCCCUUCUCAGCAGGCCGCAGAAGCUGUGCCGGAGAGACGUUGGCUAGAAUGGAACUCUUCCUGUUCUUCACAAGCCUCCUGCAGAACUUCACAUUCCAGGCUCCUCCUGGGGUGGAACUUGAUCUCACCCCUGAUGUCGGUGGAACUGUGCCCCCUAGGCCCCAUACUGUUUGUGCUUUGCCUCGUGCCUGAGGCUAGUGCGUUGACCAACUGAAUAUUCCUCUUGAAAUGUACUUUGUUAUUUUGAGUUUUAUUUAUCAGUUUGGGUUGUGCAGUUUGGGAUAAUGUAAUAAAAGUCCUAAUUUUACCCA